UGGCCAGUGAGUUAUUCCGAGGGAGGACUUGGGUGAGGGGUGAUGGCGGGGUGGGGGAGGGCGCGGUUGGUGUGGGAGGGGUAGAUGGAACACGGGAAGUGACGGACUGGGAUUGUCUUUGGACAGGUGGUCAUGGCCUCCCUGCCCACUUGGGGCCCCGGGGUUUCGGACUUACUUUCUGGGCUGCUGCCGACGGCCGCGUCUCCAGCCAGCCAGAGCGCAGAGGCCUUGAUGGAUAACGGGUCGGCGGCCGGCCCGGGCGCCCCGGCCCUCACGCCCUUCCAGAGCCUGCAGCUGGUGCAUCAGCUGAAGGGGCUGAUCGUGCUGCUCUACAGCGUCGUGGUGGUCGUGGGGCUGGUGGGCAACUGCCUGCUGGUGCUGGUGAUCGCGCGGGAGCGCCGGCUGCACAACGUGACCAACUUCCUCAUCGGCAACCUGGCCUUGUCCGACGUGCUCAUGUGCACCGCCUGCGUGCCGCUCACGCUGGCCUACGCCUUCGAGCCCCGCGGCUGGGUGUUCGGCGGCGGCCUGUGCCACCUGGUCUUCUUCCUGCAGCCCGUCACCGUCUACGUGUCAGUGUUCACGCUCGCCACCAUCGCCGUGGACCGCUACGUCGUGCUGGUGCACCCGCUGCGCCGGCGCGUCUCGCUGCGCCUCAGCGCCUACGCGGUGCUGGCCAUCUGGGCGCUGUCCGCGGUGCUGGCGCUGCCCGCCGCCCUGCACACCUACCACGUCCGGCUCGAGCCGCACGACGUGCGCCUCUGCGAGGAGUUCUGGGGCUCCCAAGAGCGCCAGCGCCAGCUCUACGCCUGGGGGCUGCUGCUCGUCACCUACCUGCUCCCUCUGCUGGUCAUCCUCCUGUCUUACGUCCGGGUGUCCGUGAAGCUCCGGAACCGCGUGGUGCCCGGCUGCGUGACCCGGAGCCAGGCCGACUGGGACCGCGCGCGCCGCCGCCGGACCUUCUGCUUGCUGGUGGUGGUCGUGGUGGUGUUCGCCAUCUGCUGGCUGCCGCUGCACGUCUUCAACCUGCUGCGGGACCUCGACCCACAAGCCAUCGACCCCGACGCCUUCGGGCUGGUGCAGCUGCUCUGCCACUGGCUCGCCAUGAGCUCGGCCUGCUACAACCCCUUCAUCUACGCCUGGCUGCACGACAGCUUCCGCGAGGAGCUGCGCAAGCUGUUGCUCGCCUGGCCGCGCAAGAUCGUGCCGCACGGCCAGAGCAUGAUGGUCAGCGUGGUCAUCUGAUGCCACUGUGCCAGGCCUUGGCUGGGGAGCCCUAUGUCCACUGGCCUCCAAGGGUGCCACCCGAGUUUGGACCGGAGGGCUCAUUUCCAGCUCCAGAGCUAAGCCAGCAAGGGGCAAAAUUCCAGCCCAGCCCUCUUGUCCAGCUGCCUGUUUUGUCCCGUGUUUCUGUAAAAUGUCAAGUGGGCUUUGGUGAGAGCCUUGUGCGUUGCUUGGAGGCCAGGGAGAGGGAAGAGGACUUAUUAUUUCUCUCUCGUGCCCUUGAAGACCAAACAAAGCUUUCUUCAGGUUCAGAAAAGUAUUUCAGGACCGCGGUUGUCUUCCCUGCUUUCUCUUAACGCUUGCUCUUACUUUAAAUGACUGCGUUGGGAUUGAUAAAGCUUUUCAGUUUGCCUUUUUAAAAGGACCGAGCUGAGAUAUAUAAUACCUGAUAUUGCUUAGUCCAUUUGAACCCUUGAAUUUGUAGGCUUUUUGGUAAAUGUUUAUUCCAAACCUACACCUAGGAUUUCAGCAUUUCCUGAAAAAGACCUUUACACGCCAAAGGGUUUUAGUUUGAAAAUCACUUGAAUUUAUAGUAUAAAAAAACCCCACUUAGGAACCACCUUUCAAAACGUCUUAUGUUUGUUUUCUCUUCUCCUUACUCCCCAACUACUAUUUUAAAAUGAGAUGAAUUAGUCAAUGAAGAUACAGAUGAAUAGAGAUAAAGAG